AUGAAACACAAUUUGAUCGCACAUCAAAAAAAACAUAUGGGUGUACGUUUUCUGUUCACUGCUUGCCCAUUGACAUUUUCAUACAAAAACAACCUCAACAAACAUCUGAAGAACAUUCAUGGUAUCGUAAACGUUCCGGCUCAUUUGAGACCAAUACCCGCUGCGCCGAUCACCGCUCAACCGGCACGACCAAGCGUCAUACAGUUCGCGCCUCUUGCCGCUCCGCAGGGAGAUAUUCAAAUCGCGCCGCAAAUAUUUGUACCUGAUGUCCCGGCCGGUGGAUCGAAUGCGCUAUCCGACGACGAUAUUAUAUGUAUGAACGCAAUGGACGAAUUUGAGGAUACAGAUUCUUACACCGUAGCCGUAAAUGGUAAACGUGUUUCCGCUGCAAACACCGUCUCAGCUGCUAACGCUAAAAAAGUUAGGUUGAAUCUAGUCAAAUCACCAGGGUUCGUAGAAAUUUUGUCGUCUGCGAGCCGUAAAAUCGUGUGGUACUAUACUAAAAAUCUGGUUAAUACAAUGAUUUAUUCAGACUUUCUCCAUCCACUUAUGCCUGAACUAGUAAAUUUAUUAAAAAAACACGUAGAAAAACACGCAAUAAAAUUUAAUUUGAAGCUCGAGGCGACAUACAACCGGCCCAACGUCCCCAAUUCAUCGGAUAACCGGGCGUUCAAGACCUCGGCAGUUGAAAUUUACCCUGACAGCGAUAUAAGAACCAUUGUAGAGAGGGCUUAUAUGAAAUUGACGAAGGAGAAAGAUGACUACAUCGGGAGGGGUAGUGGAUUUACACUGGAGUCGAUCGAUGGGCUGUUGUUGACCGUGUAUAAAUAUACACCGAUGGGCGGCUCGUCGUAUAUUCAACUACCUGAAUAUAAAGAUAGAAAACGGGGAACCAUCAACCCACAAAACACGGAUCAGGAGUGCUUCAAGUGGGCGAUUUUGGCGAGGCGUGUGGCCGAAAAUUUAUCUGAUAGAUAUAAAUAUUGUGUCGGAGAAAAUUAUAAAAAGCAUGAGAAAAAUUAUAAUUUUAACGGUAUAUCGUUCCCCACACCACUAUCAGACAUCACCAAAUUCGAAAAAAAUAAUAAUAACGUCUCCAUAAAUGUCUACGGGCUCGAUAAAAAAUUCCAGGCGCCGCGUAAGUACCCAACGUACGAAGUGUAUCCGUUACGUGUGGUCGACGAAGAAAAAAAGGAUCAUUUCGACCUGUUGUUGGUAACGGACGGUGACAACUCGCACUAUGUUUACAUUUCGAAUUUUUCACGGCUCAUACGUUUGCAGAAAACGAGACACAAUGGGAGUGUCAUUUUUUGUAAAAGGUGCUUCUCCAGCUUUGACAAGCAAAAUUUGAAAUUCAAGUUGAGUGGACAGGAGGCCCUGGACCAACAUAAAUUGAUUUGUGGGGCGCACAAGCCAAUUUUUCCGGAGAUGCCGAAGGAGGGAGAAUGUGUUGAGUUCAGGGCGUGGAAAAACACGGUUAGGCACCCGUUUGUAAUUUACUCGGAUUUCGAGGUGAUCUUGGCGAAGGCGGAGGAGGCGAGAGGGGGUAGUACCACGAUUAUUCAAAAACACGAAGCGAUGAGCUACGGGUUUUUGGUGAAGGCGAGCGAGGACGUGCCGGCGGAUUUAUUGCUUCAACACGAGAUACCGGCGGGGCCGGUAAUCUACAGAGGCAGCAAAGACAGGACGGACGUGGCGAGACAUUUCAUGGAGUCGAUUGUUGAUGUGGCCCGGAAAAUUGAAGGUCUGAUGAAGACGAAAAUUCCUUUAAUUAUGACCGAGGGUGAAGAAAAAACACAUCAAGAGUGUAAUGCGUGUAACUUAUGCAAAUGCUUAUUAGUCGGGGGCGAUAAGGUUAGGGAUCAUGACCAUCUCACGGGCAAAUUUAGACAGACCUUGUGCUCUAGGUGUAACUUAGAGUUGCAACAACCUAAAUUUGUCCCCGUAUUUUUUCAUAAUCUCUCAAACUACGACUCGCACUUCAUAAUCACUGAACUUGGGUAUGAUACACAGGCGAUCAACGUUAUACCGAACAGUGAGGAGAAAUUUAUAUCUUUCUCGAAAUAUAUAAGUAGUACCUUCACUGUUCGGUUUAUCGACACGUUCAGGUUUAUGGCGUCGAGUCUGUCGUCCCUGGCCGAAAAUUUAGUUACGCCCGAACAUGAGAACUUCCGUGAGACAGCCAAACAUUUUGUCGCCGGAGAUAUGCCGCUCGUGACUCGUAAGGGGGUGUACCCGUACGAGUACACGGAUAGUUGGGAGCGGCUGGAGGAGACAAGACUACCGAGUAAGAGGGAUUUUUAUAGCACGUUGUCGGAGACCGGUAUUAAGGAGAAGGAGUUUGACCACGCGAAGGAGGUCUGGGACCACUUCGGCUGUACGAUGUUGGGCGAGUACAGCGAUCUGUACCUCAAAAUCGAUGUGCUGUUGUUGGCGGACGUUUUUGAGAACUUCCGCGACGUGUGCAUGAGGGCAUACAACUUGGACGCCGCCCACUAUUUCACCGCCCCUGGACUUAGUUUCGAUGCGAUGCUUAAGUUCACGGAACAAAAGCUUCAGUUAUUACAUGAUUAUGACAUGUUGUUGAUGUUCGAGAAUGGUUAG